GUGGGACCACAGUGGCAGGUGUUCCCUGGCAAACGGGAGAUGGGCACACUGCUCGUAUCCCUGGUGCGGCGUUCCAAUUGGAAUCCAAUAGAGUGAAAUGGAGCUGUUAUUAACCGCUGUCAUUGUGAUAGAAAUUGCUCCGCUUCUCGUGUCACAUACCUACAACUUGACUUGACUUGGCUGACAAAAAAGAAGACGUAAGAUCAAGACUCCCUGAGCAUCAAUAAAUCAGGAAAAUGAACGCCAAAGACUUUGUGGAGAUCGACGGCUCCUACUUGGAGGGUGGCGGGCAGGCGCUGCGCAACGCCCUAAGCCUCAGCUGCAUUUUGGGAAAACCGGUGCGCGUGGUCAAGAUCCGGGCCAACCGCCCGAAUCCGGGACUAUCGAUCCAGAAUAUGCACGGGCUGGACCUGCUUCGGGACAUCACCAAUGCGGACGUGGUGGGAAACGUCUUGUGUUCCACCAGAGUGGAGUUCACGCCGCACACCAUUUUGGACAACACUUAUCGCGUGGAAACGUGCACGGCAGCCAGCAUUACUCUGAUCUAUCAGAUGGCUCUACCAGUGCUGCUCUUUGCCGGACACUCGUCCCGCCUGAUUGUGACCGGGGGCACGAACGUGGCCUUUGCCCCUCCGGUGGAGUAUAUGCAGCAGGUGCUGCUGCCCAACCUAAAACACUUUGGGGCUGGCUUCGACCUGAAGGUGCAGAACUACGGUUUCUAUCCACGCGGUAGAGGCAACUGCCAGUUGGACGUGCAGCCCGUGGCGAAGCUUAAUGCCGGACAAUUCAUAGAUUUCGGCCGCAUCAACUUGAUCAGCGGAGUGGCCUUCUGCGCCGGCUGCCUGCCCAUAAAUAUUGCGAUAGAUAUGAAGAAGACGGCGCAACGCGAGAUCCAUCGCCUGUGGCCGGAGCAGGAGUGCACCAUAGAGACUGUGAAGCAUUCGCGAGAGAGGGCUCAAGACAACGGAGCCGGAAUCACGAUCACGGCCAACACGACCGCCGGUGUUGUCCUAGGUGCCUCUGCAUUGGGCAAGAAGAGGAUCGACGGAUACGUUCUCGGCUCGAAGGCGUCGUGCCAAUUGACCGAGUUUAUACGCAAGGAGAUCUGCGUUGAUGAUUACAUGCAAGACCAGCUCAUCAUCUACAUGGCCCUGGCCGUCGGACGUUCAAGGAUGCGCACGGGCAGGCUGACCAAGCACACACGCACCGCCAUCCAUGUGGCCGAGAAACUGACGGGCGUCAAGUUCGACGUGGCGGCGGAGCCCGGCGGCCAGACGCUUGUCACUUGCGAGGGCUUGGGACAACUGAACAAGAUGCUUUAACAACCGAUCUACUGCGAUCUUUAAUCUACUGCAACCUUAAAUUAAUGUAUACAUAUAUGGAGAAUAUACGUGUCCUAAAGGCGCCGGAAAAUGGCCAAAAAAUGA